AUGAGGAUGUUUCAUGGACUAAGUGCCGUGUUCACUGUCACUCUCCUAGCGAGAGUAUGUGGUAGGCCUUCAUUCUCCACUAAAAUAGUAGGAGGACAGAAUGCUACUCCUGGUGCUUGGCCGUGGCAGGUCAGUCUUCACAGAUACUCUCAACAUUUCUGUGGUGGAUCACUCAUCAACAAUGAAUGGGUCCUGACAGUGGCUCACUGCUUUUCCAGUACUUCAACUGCAUCCCUGACUGUGCUCCUGGGUCUACAGACACAGUCAGGAUCAAAUCCAAAUGAGGUCCGCAUGACGGUCUCUGAAAUCAUAAAGCAUCCAAACUUCAACAGAAACACUUAUGACAAUGACAUCACUCUUCUGCAUUUGUCUUCACCUGUGGUUUUUACUGACUAUAUAAAACCGGUCUGCCUGCCGGCAAUUGACAGCACGUUCUACAAUGGCACAUCAAGCUGGGUCACUGGAUGGGGAAAUAUUGCCACUGGUGUUCCUCUGCCUUCACCACAAACUCUUCAGGAAGUAAAUGUGCCUGUCAUUGGAAACAGAAAGUGCAAAUGCCUUUUUAACAGUGAUAUCACAAACAACAUGAUCUGUGCUGGAUUAGAACAAGGGGGGAAAGACUCCUGCCAGGGUGACUCAGGUGGACCUAUGGUCAACAAACAGGGCUCAGUCUGGAUCCAGUCUGGGAUUGUGAGCUUUGGCAUAGGAUGUGCUUUACCUGACUUUCCUGGUGUGUAUACUAGAGUUUCUCAGUACCAGAGUUGGAUCAACCAGCAUAUCACCACCAACCAGCCAGGCUUCAUUACGUUUACCUCCAGUGGUACUGACGAUGACCUAAGUGUGAGCUGUGCCAUUGUACCUCCCAUUACAUCAACUGCUGCACCUGUAACUGUUACGACCCCUGCACCUGUGGUGUGUGGAAUGGCCAAACUGAACACUCUUGUUGGAGGAGGUAACUCACUCGCAUCCUCUGGCACAUGGCCUUGGAUGGCCAGUCUACAAUUUAAUGGCAGUCACGUCUGCGUAGGAACGAUGGUUGCUGAGCGGUUUGUCAUGACCACUGCCAGCUGUUUUUCCAGAUCAACAAAUUCAUCCCAGUGGACUGUGAUCCUGGGCCGUUUGAAUCAGAACAGUUCCAACCCCAAUGAGGUCUCUGUAAAAGUCGCCAACAUCACCAUCAGCAAUUUGACAGGUGACAACAUUGCUGUUGUGCACCUCGCCAGCGCACCAAAACUCUCAAAUUAUAUUCAACCGAUAUGUGUGGACCUGGGAGGUACUUCCUUCAAUAUUAAUGCUACAUGCUGGACGGCAGGCUGGGGCUCAGGAUCAGUUACCCAAACCCUUCAAGAAAUCCAAACCACCAUUAUGAGUUGUGGCAACUCAUCUUCAAAUAGUAUUUGCACAACUGCCAUUAAAUUACAGGAGGGUUCUCAGGGUGGUCCUCUGAUGUGUAAGCAAGGUCUGUCAUGGAUCCAGGCUGCUGUUGUGACGAUACAAAGCAACAGCACUAACACAAGCGUCAGUAACUCCACAGCAGCGAGCCGGUCCGUUCGCGCCCAAGAUAUCCAGGUCUUCACUAAAACCUCAAGCUAUUCAUCAUUCCUGACGUCUGUGGAGUGUGGGUGUGCAAACAGUAGGUUAACAGGACAAAAGUUGAAGCCAGUCUUACUGUUGUCGGAGACGAUGAGGAUGUUUCAUGUACUGUGUGCCGUGUUCACUGUCAUUCUCCUAGCGAGAGGUUGUGAUGCACAGCUUUCAGUAUGUGGCAGGCCUACAUUAUCCACUAAAAUAGUAGGAGGACAGAGUGCUACAUCUGGUGCUUGGCCGUGGCAGGUCAGUCUUCACAGUACCUAUCAUUUCUGUGGUGGAUCACUCAUCAACAAUGAAUGGGUCCUGACAGCGGCUCACUGCUUUUCCAGUACUUCAACUGCAUCCCUGACUGUGCUACUGGGCCUACAGACACAGUCAGGAUCAAAUCCAAAUUCGGUCAGCCGUACGGUCUCUGAAAUCAUAAAGCAUCCAAACUACAACAGCAACACUAAUGACAAUGACCUCACUCUUCUGCAUCUGUCUUCACCUGUGGUUUUUACUGACUAUAUAAAACCGGUCUGCCUGGCCGCAGAAGGCAGCACAUUCUACAGCGGGACAUCAAGCUGGGUCACCGGAUGGGGAGAUAUUGGCGUUGGUGUUCCUCUGCCUUCACCACAAACUCUUCAGGAAGUAAAUGUGCCUGUCAUUGGAAACAGAAAGUGCAACUGCCUUUAUAACAAUGAUAUCACAAACAACAUGAUCUGUGCUGGACUAGCACAAGGGGGGAAAGACUCCUGCCAGGGUGACUCCGGUGGACCAAUGGUAAGCAAACAGAACUCAGUCUGGAUCCAGUCUGGGAUCGUAAGCUUUGGCAUAAGAUGUGCUCAAGCUCAGUUUCCUGGUGUGUAUACCCGAGUUUCUCAGUACCAGAGUUGGAUCAACCAGCAUAUCACCACCAACCAGCCAGGAUUCAUUACGUUCACCUCCGAUGGUACUGACAGUGACCUAAGCGUGAGCUGUGCCGGUGUACCCGCCAUUCAGUCAACUGCUAUGACCCCUGCACCUGUGGUGUGUGGAAUGGCCAAACUGAACACUCUUGUUGGAGGAGAUAACUCACUCGCAUCCUCUGGCACAUGGCCUUGGAUGGCCAGUCUACAAUUUAACGGCAGUCACGUCUGCGGAGGAACGAUGGUUGCCGAGCAGUUUGUCAUGAGCACAGCCAGCUGUUUUUCCAGAUCAACAAAUGCAUCCCUGUGGACUGUGAUCCUGGGCCGUCUGAAUCAGAACAGUUCCAACCCCAAUGAGGUCUCCGUAAAAGUCGCCAACAUCACCAUCAGCAAUUUGACAGGUGACAACAUUGCUGUUGUGCACCUCGCCAGCGCACCAAAACUCUCAAAUUAUAUUCAACCGAUAUGUGUGGACCUCGGAGGUACUACCUUCAAUGUUAAUGCUACAUGCUGGACGGCAGGCUGGGGUUCAGGAUCAGGAGGAGUUACCCAAACCCUUCAACAAAUCCAAACCACUGUUGUGAAUUGUGGGAACUCAUCUUCAAACAGCAGUAUUUGUACAACUGCCAUGAACUUACAGGAGGGUUAUCAGGGUGGUCCUCUGAUGUGUAAGCAAGGUCUGUCAUGGAUCCAGGCUGCUGUUGUGACGAUACAAAGCAACAGCACUAACAGAAGCGUCAGUAACUCCACAGCAGUGAGCCGGAUCUUUCGCGGCCAAGAUAUCCAGGUCUUUACUAAAACCUCAAGCUAUUCAUCAUUCCUGACGGCUGUGGUGGGUUCUUUCCCCCCCAAACAAACAAACAGCACAAGUGCAGCUGUAGGAAGCACCCCGAAUUCCUCCACCAGUGUGUCUCACUUUUCUUUAUGUUUUACAACUGCACUCCUGUUUUUACUUUCAGCGCUGCAGAUCUUUCAUUGUGACUGAGAUCAAUGAAGUCUGAGUAGAAACAUUUUGAUUUACCUUGAAUGUGACUGUAAAAUGUGACGAAUAAUGCAGGUUUUCAUUCAAUUCAUCCGACUGAUUAUAGGCUGUUAAUGCUUUAAUCAGAAGACUUUCAUAUUUCUUUUUUACUUGACUUAAGAGAAAUAUUCUUGUACAGAGAUCAGUUGUUAUAUCUUACCGGCUGUAAGUUCAGAAUGACUGCUUAAGUUAAAACUGUAACCCGGGCAUUUUUCUUCUACUGUCUAUACACAUUGCAUUGUACUGUACAAUUUGCAUUGUAGCAUUUCUAUGCAAACUUGCACUUUAUGGUAAUGUUCCAGUGUUUCAGUGCUAAUAGCUAAAAUACUGCUACUGUAUCAUAUUUAACACAUUGGGCCCUAUUUUAACGAUCUGAAACGCAAGUGUGAAGCACAAAACGCAAGUGACUUUGUGGGCGGAUCUUGGGCGAUGUUGCUAUUUUCCCGGCGUGAGAAAUAACUCUUGCGCCAGGCGCAAAUCAAUAAGGGGUUGGUCUGAAGUAGGUUCAUUUUUCAUAGGUGUGGUUUGGGCGUAACCUCAAAUAAACCAAUCAGAACGCUAUCCAACAUUCCCUUUAAACGCAAGGGCGCAAGUUCCGUGGCGGGUUGCUAUUAUUAUGACGAUUUGCCAGGCGCACACCAGGAGCGGUUCACAGCCGAGGAGACCGACGUUCUUGUAAGAGCAGUCAAAGACAGAGAAGUUGUUUUGUAUGGGGAUGGGAGAAAUCCGCCCAAAUCAGCGUCAGUCAAACAGGCGUGGGAGGUAAUAGCCACAAUUGUCUCAUCAGCUGGCAUCCCCAGGACGUUGCGCCAAGCGCUACAAUGAUGUCAGGAGACGGUCACGGGGGGAAUCCCAGGCUUGCCAGCAUAAAUCGGGCACGCCGUGUAACGGGAGGUGGAUCUGCCUCAGGACCUGACGCCAGCAGAGGACAUCGCUGCGUCCACCCUCACCGCUAAAAGUGUUGAAGGCGGUUUGGGGGCUUUGAGAUCGGACCCAAGAAACGCAAGCAGUCCAACCACAAAGUACACUUACAAAUCAAGUUCACAUACAUUAAGGUUUCUUAUGAAAACAUUUUAAUUAUUAUUUACAUAAAAUAAACAUAAUACAGCCACACAACAAACUUAUGAAAAUAUUUUAAUCGUUAUUUGCAUGAGAAUUUUUAAACGCAGUCACACAAUAAAUAAAAACUAUCACCACAAUGCUCACCACAAGGAUUUCCCUUAUCUCAUGUGUUAAUAUUUUUUGUUGUAACAAUUUAUGAUUUGCAAAAAUAACUGUUGCAUCUGUGUAGAUUAGAAAAGCAAAGUGUGUGCGCGUUGUGCACGUUAUACAUUAUGGUCAAGCAUGCGCCCUUAAAAUAGCAUAAUGAACCACGCGCAACGCGCCACCUACUUUAGACUAGUUUUUUUUUGUCAGUGGCGCAAAUGUUUUUUGAAACUGGAAAAUAGCAUCAGGGAUGGUUUGCGCCGGAACACGCCUCUUCUUUGCGCUGAACCGCCCAGGGAGCGCAAGUUCAUUCCCUAGUUUGCCGACGUGCGUCUGUGGAGGGAAAAACCCGCUGUGCGCCGGUGCAAAUUACGAAUGAUACAUGCGUCACCUACAAAGUCAAUUGCGCUGGGUGCAAGAUAGGGCCCCUUACCUCAAGCUGUACCACACAUGGGACAUUGCUGUAAGUUUAUAAUGAUCUAAAUUAGAGAAAACUUCAGAAAAUAUUGUGUGAUUUUUAAUAGCAGUUUUGCUAUGAUUUCCUAUGAACGAACUCUUUUUACCACACUUUUCUAAAUGUAAACUGUAAA